AUGUCACCCCAUGGGAAGCGGGCCGGCAGCCAAGCGCAGGGGCAGCCGAGGCCGCCGCGGAGCACGCUGCGCGCACCUGACCCGCUAGGCUGUGCGCCGCGGGUCCCUGGCUCCCUUGGAGCUGCGCUCCCGGGGCAGUCUGCGUGCCGGCGGACACCCACUUGCGCACCCCCCCAGGGCGCCCCAGUGCCCCCACCCCCUGUCCCGGCCCACACUUGGGCUGAUCAAGCGCAGAAAGAGGCCGGGCGCGGUGCCCUGCGUUUCCUCCCUCCUCUGCCCCCACUGGAGCAGAGGCGCCCCGUCCCCUCCCCUUGGGCUGCAGCGUUACACAACCGCGGCAGCGGCGCUUGCCCUGCGGCAGCGCGGGGCGUGACACUUCACCUGGCCCGGACUUGGGCCGCAGCGCUCCUGACUGCGAGACCUUCUGCCCCGGCCGGGGGCCGAGACCCCAGAGCGCACCGCGGGUCCCCGGGGGUCGGGGUUGGCCAUCUCCUCCUGCCGGGGACUUCGGCGGCGCAGUGUGUGGUCAGCACCCCGGCAGGAGGGAAAAGAGAGACUUGGAAAAACUGCCCUUCACGCUGA